CUCCAGCAGCUCCGGCUCACGCACUCGCCCGCCGCCCGCUGCCCGGCUCCAGCUGCUCGUGGCUCCUGCGCCCGGCCCGGCGAUCGCGGCGGCUCGGGCUCAGGAGGACCAGAUCGCGCGACCAGCUGGCGAGCCCUGGGAGGGCCGCCGGAGCAGGACCUUGCACUUCCGAGGCAGACGUCGGCACCACUGAGCUGAAUCCUUGGCCCUGGACAUCUGUUUUUAAGAGGUCCCCAUGGCGUGCCCCAUGGCCAGCCUGGCUGUCUUCUUCCUCCUGCAAACCGCCCUUACCCUGAAUCCCGAGGACCCCAACGUGUGCAGCCACUGGGAGAGCUAUGCCGUCACCGUCCAGGAGUCUUACGCACAUCCCUUCGAUCAGAUCUACUACACUCGCUGCGCAGACAUCCUGAACUGGUUCAAGUGCACCAGGCACCGGAUCAGUUACAAAACGGCGUAUCGGCGCGGCCUCAGGACCAUGUACCGGCGCCGGUCCCAGUGCUGCCCCGGUUACUAUGAGAACAGCAACUUCUGCAUACCCCUGUGUACGGAGGAGUGUGUGCACGGCCGCUGUGUGUCCCCCGACACCUGCCACUGUGAGCCCGGCUGGGGAGGCCCUGACUGCUCGAGCGGCUGCGACAGUGACCACUGGGGACCCCACUGCAGCAACCGGUGCCAGUGCCAGAACGGAGCCCUGUGCAACCCCAUCACCGGGGCCUGCGUGUGCGCCGCCGGCUUCCGCGGGUGGCGCUGCGAGGAGCUCUGCGCUCCUGGCACCCACGGCAAGGGCUGCCAGCUGCAGUGCCAGUGUCACCAUGGCGCCAGCUGCGACCCCCGCACCGGCGAGUGCCUCUGCGCGCCCGGCUACACCGGUGUCUACUGUGAGGAGCUGUGCCCCCCUGGGAGCCAUGGUGCUCAUUGUGAGCUGCGCUGCCCCUGCCAGAAUGGGGGCACCUGCCACCACAUCACUGGCGAGUGUGCCUGCCCUCCAGGAUGGACGGGAGCAGUGUGUGCCCAGCCCUGUCCACCAGGGACAUUUGGCCAGAACUGCAGCCACGACUGUCCUUGCCACCAUGGAGGACAGUGUGACCAUGUGACUGGACAGUGCCACUGCACAGCUGGAUACAUGGGGGACAGGUGCCAAGAGGAGUGCUCCUUGGGGACCUUCGGCUUCCAGUGCUCGCAGCGCUGUGACUGCCACAACGGAGGCCAGUGUUCGCCCACCACGGGCGCCUGCCAGUGCGGCCCUGGGUACAAGGGCCCGAGCUGCCAGGAGCGGCUGUGUCCCGAGGGCCUGUAUGGCCCAGGCUGCUCCUUGCCCUGCCCCUGUGACAGUGACAACACCAUAAGCUGCCACCCAGUAACUGGAGCUUGCUCUUGCCAGCCAGGCUGGGCCGGCCACCACUGCAAUGAGUCUUGCCCUGCUGGCUACUACGGGGAUGGCUGCCAGCGGCCUUGCUUGUGCCAGAAUGGCGCCGACUGUCACAGCAUCACGGGGGGCUGCACCUGCGCCCCUGGCUUCAUGGGAGAGGUUUGUGCUGUGUCCUGUGCCUCGGGGACCUAUGGGCCCAACUGUUCAUCCGUCUGCAGCUGUCACAACGGUGGCACCUGCUCCCCGAUAGACGGCUUCUGUACCUGCAAGGAAGGAUGGCAGGGUCUGGACUGCGCUCUGCCAUGUCCCAGCGGGAUGUGGGGCCUGAACUGCAAUGAGACCUGCGCCUGCGCCAACGGGGCAGCCUGCAGCCCUUCGGAUGGUGCCUGCACCUGCACCCCGGGCUGGCUGGGGGACACCUGUGACCUGCCCUGCCCGGAUGGCACGUUUGGGCUGAACUGCAGCGAACGCUGUGACUGCAGCCAUGCCGACGGCUGUGAUCCCGUCACAGGCCACUGCUGCUGCCUGGCCGGAUGGACAGGUAUCCGCUGCGACAGCACGUGUCCACCUGGCCGCUGGGGCCCCAACUGCUCCGUGUCCUGCAGCUGUGAGAAUGGCGGGUCCUGCUCUCCUGAAGAUGGAAGCUGCGAGUGCGCCCCUGGCUUCCGAGGACCCUUGUGCCAGAGAAUCUGUCCCCCUGGCUUCUAUGGACACAGCUGCGCCCAGCCUUGUCCCCUCUGCGUGCACAGCAGCGGACCCUGCCACCAUGUCAGCGGCCUCUGUGAGUGCCUGCCAGGGUUCUCUGGAGCCCUCUGCAACCAAGUGUGUGCUGGAGGGCACUUUGGGCAGGACUGUGCCCAGCUCUGCUCAUGUGCCAACAAUGGGACCUGCAGCCCCAUGGACGGCUCCUGCCAGUGCUUCCCUGGAUGGAUCGGCAAGGACUGCUCCCAGGCAUGCCCACCCGGGUUCUGGGGCUCUGCCUGCUUCCACACCUGCAGCUGCCACAAUGGGGCAAGCUGCCGCGCUGAGGACGGAGCCUGCCACUGCGCCCCAGGCUGGACUGGACUCUUCUGCACGCAGCGUUGCCCAGCAGCGUUUUUUGGGAAGGACUGUGGGCGUGUGUGCCAGUGUCAGAAUGGCGCCAGCUGUGACCACAUCAGUGGCAAGUGCACAUGCCGCACAGGCUUCACUGGACGCCACUGUGAACAGAGAUGUGCCCCAGGAACCUUUGGCUAUGGAUGUCAGCAGCUGUGUGAGUGCAUGAACAAUGCCACCUGUGACCAUGUCACCGGCACUUGUUACUGCAGCCCUGGAUUCAAGGGCAUCAGGUGUGACCAAGCUGCCCUCAUGAUGGAGGAGCUGAACCCCUACACCAAGAUCAGCCCAGCCCUGGGUGCAGAGCGGCACUCAGUAGGCGCUGUCACGGGCAUCGUCCUUCUGCUGUUCCUUAUGGUGGUUCUGCUGGGCCUGUUCGCCUGGCGCCGGCGCCGACAGAAAGAGAAAGGCCGAGACCUGGCUCCCCGUGUCUCCUACACCCCUGCCAUGCGGAUGACCAGCACUGACUACUCCCUCUCAGAUUUGUCUCAAAGUAGCAGCCACGCCCAGUGCUUUUCCAAUUCCAGCUACCACACACUGGCGUGCGGGGGGCCUGCUACCAGCCAGGCCAGCACUCUGGACAGGAACAGCCCCACCAAGCUCAGUAACAAGUCCCUUGACAGAGACACAGGAGGCUGGACCCCUUACAGCUAUGUGAACGUGUUAGACUCCCAUUUCCAGAUCAGUGCCCUGGAAGCCAGGUACCCGCCCGAGGACUUCUACAUUGAACUUAGACACCUCAGCCGCCCCGCUGAGCCACACUCACCAGGUGCUUGUGGAAUGGAUAGACGUCAGAACACAUACAUUAUGGACAAAGACUUCAAAGAUUACAUGAAAGAAUCCGUGUGCAGCUCUAGUACUUGUUCCUUGAAUAGCAGUGAAAACCCUUAUGCCACAAUUAAGGACCCACCCAUCCUCACCUGCAAGCUUCCAGAGAACAGCUACGUAGAAAUGAAGUCGCCUGUGCACAGGGGGUCUCCGUACACAGAUGUGCCAUCCUUGUCGACAUCUAAUAAAAAUAUAUAUGAAGUUGAGCCCACAGUCAUUGUGGUCCAAGAAGGCCGCGGUCAUAACUACAACUAUAUCCAGAAUCCAUACGAGAUUCCUAGAAACAGCGAUAUUCCUGGUCAUUAUGACCUCCUCCCAGUAAGACAAAGCCCUACCAAUGGGCUCUCCCAGGACAAGCAAUCUUAAGAGGGAUAAGCUUCUCUCUUGCAGUGUGCUCUGCCAAAUACUUUCUGACUCUCUGAAGAGGACAAUCCCUUGACUUGAAAUGAUACAGAUUGGCUACAGCUGCAUAUUAGUUAUUACGUUCACCUGGAACUAAAGAAGAACUUCCAAGUGGGACUUGGGUAACUGUUCAAAGAAGUCUGUACACCAAGGCAAAUCCUAUCACCCACCCAUCCCCCAGCCCUAAAUGCUGAAUUAUGAUUUCUAAAACAUUUAAGAUACACUUCUCAUCAACAUCAGCUAAAUAUGGCUAAAAUAUAUAUAUUUAAUAUUCUGAAAUACGAUGCUUAAAAAGCAUGUAGAAUAGCAAAUCUUCCCAGGAGGAAAAGGGGCUUGAGGAGAGGAAUUGGGUUAUUUUAAAGCACCUGAAAUGUAUAUGUACUUUUGGUUAGUGUUACCAUCAACAUCUGUUUCACUGCUAAGAUAAUUAGUACACAUACUUGAACUGUUUUAAUAUCAGUCCUAAAGUACCUGUACCUAUAUGCCUGGUCCACUGAAUUACAAUGGCCAAGAUUACAGAAUUUAGUCUAUGUAAUGCUGACAACCUUCAUUUUUUAAAUACAAGACUUUAAUAAAAAUCAACUUUUUCUCUUCUGGCUCAUAAGUGAUAGUAGGCCCAAAAAAUGAAGAAAGAAAGUUUCCAAAUCGCAGUAGCGUCUUUCAGUCUAGACUGAUUUCGAGGCCAGCUUUACCAAAUUUUGCCGAUUCAAAUUGCAAGAACAAUGGAAAUGGAAGUUAGCCGUGAUCUUAAUCUAUCUGACAUCUGAGUCAUUCCAUGUGAAAUAGAAAUAGGGCAUGGAGAUGAUGCUUCAUUAAGUAAGCAGUCAUAAACUGGCUCUAAAACUGGGUAUUUGGCCUAAUUUAUUUAGUUGGGAACCCUUGACUCAGAAAAUAUUUGCUAUAAAUCCUGAGCUUGAUGUAUUAUGGAACCAAAAAAUAUAGAGGAAGUGAGACAAAUGUGGAUACAACAAGUUUAUGUUGCUUACCAUACCUUACGCUUUUUGAUGGAACUAAAUGACACCAAUGAUCAAAGAAAGAAUUGGGCUGGGGAUUUAGCUCAGUGAUUCUGCCGCCUGCCUCCCAAGCGCAAGGACCCGAGUUCGAUCUCCGGUACCAAAAAAAAAAAAAAAAAAAAAGAAUGGACUGUAACCAGUUGCUGUAAAUUGGUAUAAAGACUUCAUAGUAAACAGCACAAGAGGAUAUGCAGUGCUUAAAACCACCACAUUCCAAGAUGGCCAAAUAUAUAUUCCAAUAAGCUAACGCUCCAGAUCUCAGUGUUCAGAUGGCCUAUACCUUCCAUUACUAAUGAACAUAUGAAAAUGAGGCUUGGACAAUGCCAAAGGAGCCAACUCCUAAGCCCUACAGAGGACCUCUUCACAAGAAUUAAAAUAGCAAACCAUGGAAGCUAACGGCCACGCUGGUGCCACUGCAUUCUGGUCAUAGUUCAGCCAGUUAAAAACACUUCUAAAAACGGUAUAAAGAAGAGGAACUAAAUGACUGCAAAGCUGGAAUACUGCUACGGGAAGUAUGAGAGUUCUAAAACCCUUGGUAGAAACUGGAAGUCAGCCACAGAAUCCAUUAGUUUGGGCAAUACCAAAAGCAAGAACAUUAAUGAGGAAGCCCCACUCCCCCUUAUUUCACUCAAGGCAUAAGCAAAUUUUAGUGUUUGAGGAAAAUAUACAAUAUUUACAUGAAUGCUGCAUGUGUGCAUGGGAGCAAGUGAUCAGCAAAGUAAACUGACUUUCAAAAAAGCCUUAUUAAAAUAUAAAUACUAGAAAAUUACUUUGUAGGCCCAAAUAAAUACUUCUCAUAUAUAUGUAGAAAGAAAUAGAGAUAAGAGACUUACCUCAGUUAUUUCAGGGCUGCAAGUGGUCAAUUGUCUUUGUGAAGCAAGGAGGAAGAAGCAUGGUGAAGUCAGAUUAGCAAAGAGAAACUUCAUCUCAAUCCCAGGUUUUAUCUUCUUCUCUUACCCUGCAUGCACAGUAAUUGCUACCUGGCCAGCUGCAAAAAGGAGCAUCACUCGAGUUUCAAGUUUCACCCAUCUUUUGCCACCUACCCUCUGGCCAAAGGUAUCCAGCAAGAGGCUUCGGAAUGGCUAGAGGACUGAGUCAAGAGAUUCUGGGGUUACUCUUGGCAAGAGACUGGCCCUCUUUGGGCUCCUUUAUUUCCCUUGCCUAAAAAAAAAAGGGAGAAGCAGAAAGUGUGGAAGGGAGCUCCAACAACCCUUCAGCUCUAGCAUUCCAUGACUUUUUAAAGCAAUGUUAAUACAACUCAAAUCAGACAAUAUAGAGAAGGGAAGGCCAAAGGAUGUAAAUGAGCUAUGGUGACAAUAGCUGCCUUCACAUAUCUAAGAGUUACUGGUAAAAGACAUUUCAAUCUUACAGAGCAACUGUGAGAAACUACUGUCUAGCACUGUCACAAACCGAGGUCAGCCUAAACAUGUGCACUGUAGAUUUUACUGGUGACUUGGAAAGAUCUGUUUGAUAUUUUUCGGAAACAAUUUUCAAUCAAGUUGACAGGCAUACAAUUCAGAUGAAUAAAAAAAGCAAUUGUAUAAUAGCAUAAGAGACUAUGAAAUGGCAAUACUUUUUUUAAAUCACAGAUUUGUAAUAUAUUUGUUCACUGUGCAGAGGGAUUGUACCUUGUACAAAAUAAAACAAAUUUCUCUAA